GCAGCACUCACAGCAGAUUCAGGUUUCAGUAUAGUGCGUGCGCGCGCGUGUGUGCCAGUGUUCUUGAUGGUCGGAUGGUGGCUGGAGGAGGAAAAGCGUGUUUACACAGACGGGCCGAGCACCUGGGGAAUAGAGCACGGCGAGAGGAAGUGAGCCGGCUCGCUGUCUGCCUGCACCAACUUCCUGCUCAGAGAGAGAGAGCGAGAGUGAAAGAGAGAGAGAGAGAGAGAGAGAGAGAAAACAGUCGGGAUCCCAUUACAGUCCGACUGAGAGCUGCCGAGACGGCCGACAGCAUGGAAAAACAGCGCAUUAUACGGAAUUCCUUUUAAUAACGUGAAAAGGGACCCCAAAAAGCCUGACCAUUACGCACAAGAUAUGGAGAGUGCAAUCACACUGUGGCAGUUUCUGCUGCAGCUACUGCUGGACCAGAGCCAUAAGCACCUGAUUUGCUGGACGUCCAACGACGGCGAGUUCAAGCUGCUCAAAUCGGAAGAAGUUGCCAAACUCUGGGGCCUACGCAAGAACAAGACCAACAUGAACUACGACAAACUUAGCCGAGCACUACGCUACUACUAUGACAAGAACAUCAUAAAGAAGGUGAUUGGCCAGAAGUUUGUAUACAAGUUUGUUUCAUUCCCUGAUAUACUGAAGAUGGAUCCCCAAGCGGUGGAGUUCGGUCGGGAUGGGGGUCACGUUACAGGGGGCGUCAUGUUACAGGAGGUGGAGUCAGAUUGCGGUGAGGGGGAGGAGUCUCCAAAGCUGUCACUGUCAUCGCUGAGAAGCCCCGCCUGCAGGAACGAGUAUCUCCACUCUGGUCUAUACUCAUCCUUCACAGUCAGUUCCCUCCAAAGCCCGCCUCCACUUCUGCGUCCGAUCAAAGUCGAGAAUCAGCGAGGGGGUGAACGAGGGGAAGAAGGACAAACGGUGAUUCGCUUUGUCACUAAUCGAUCAGAAAAAGUCGUUCCCCUGGCUUCCUCGCCACCACCUGUGUCCACAGAGGUUUUCUUUGCUUCAAAAACCUCCCCUUGCUCGUCCCGUAGCCCCUCCCCCUCUUAUAGCCCGGUCUAUACGCUGCGGCAAGAGCGGAGUCCGGGGGCUCGCAUAGACGAAUCAGAGCAGAGCGCUCAGCCUCUAAAUUUAUCAUCCGGCCACAGGGAGCGAGCGCAGAAUCAGGCCACACCCCCUGAGAGGAGGACUGGUAGCAACAGACUGCCUCCCAAAGCUCGGAAACCCAAAGGGCUGGAAAUCUCCGCCCCUUCCAUACUGCUUUCAGGAAGUGACUUGGGCUCCAUCGCCCUCAACAGCCCAGCACUGCCCUCAGGGUCACUUACACCAGCCUUUUUCACUGCACAGACUCCCUCUGGUUUGCUGUUGACGCCCAGUCCUCUCCUGUCCUCCAUUCAUUUCUGGAGCAGCCUGAGCCCCGUGGCCCCUCUCAGCCCCGCCAGGCUACAGGGCCACGGGUCACUCUUUCAGUUCCCCAACCUGCUGAACGGGCCGCUCCCGGUACCCCUCCCCAACCUGGAUUCCUCUUCAUCCUCCUCCUCCUCCUCCUCACUCCUCCUGUCCUCCAGCGCCCAGAAAUCCUGAUUUCUGAACACUUCACAUAUCCCCUCCCCAGAAUUAUACCUUUGCUCUUACACUAAGAAGGAAUUAUGGACCUUCAUGUCUUUUUGAGCCAGACUGCACUUCACCCCCUUGUGGCCACCUUCACAUACAGCACCCUUCAGUUCUGUUCAAUUUUGGACCAGCAAACUGUGUGUUUUCUUCUGUAACUCAGGCUGCAAUCCAAACAGCUCACCAAAAUUCCUCUGCAAGCUCUUAAAACAGGGAAUUAUGAUGAGGUAAUGCCAAAGAACAUGAAGUGUCCUUUUGAGAAGAUGGUGAGUCAUUGGAAACCGAGCCUAGAGAAUCUGUAUCCUGGAGAACAUGUUCAAGACCUGCCUUUUUUGGCAAGCUGUUUGUCAGAAUCUCAAUUUCAGAUGGAGACAAACGAUGCUGGACUACGUAAAACACGUUCAAAACAGCGUAGAUUUUCUGUACCUCCUCUGAAGGAAAACUUCAGCGUUCCCCUCCUGUUCUCCAUUCCUAAGGUGCUUCAACUGGAAAGAUCUCCCGUGUUGUUGACCAGUUCAGAAAGAGGAAACGUUUAAACCAUAUUAAAGGAAUCUCAUUAGCAUUUAAGUUUAUUUUUGAUCUUUCCUAGGCUGUGAACCGGGUUUCUGUUCGUUUGUUGUUUGUCUGGUAUUGUAUAAAUUGCGUUGUAUGCACUGUGCUUCAAAUGUACUACCGGCUGUGCCUUUUUUGUGCGUGUAAGAAUUGUGUAUUUGUAUUAUUUUCCUGCUUAAAUACGUUUUUGUAACAGACGAAAUUCCAUUUCAAUAUUGGAAAGAAGAGCUUUGUAAUAGCUUAGGGUUUUUUUCAUUAAUGAAUUGAUUUAAAAAAAUGUAUUCUCGUAUUAAUAUUCUAUUUUUUGCUUUUCAAGAGUCAAGAAAAUGUGCCUUGUGUUUCUAAAAUAAAAAGCAUUGAAUGCGA